AUGCCCUGCAUGCACUUGACGGUGUUGAGUUUCCAUCCGGACGCCGACUACCCUGAGGAUAUCGCUUUGCCAACUGCAAACUUUGGUGAUCCGAAAUCUACGGUGUCAUGGCAGAAAGCGCCCCUCGACAUUGUUGGCGAGGACGCCAUUGUUUCCCAAAUCGAUGCUGCUUGCCGGCUUGGCUGCGUUCGCCUCCUCCGAGGCCUAUUUCUGAAGCUCCAAAAUUGUGCAACACAUGCCACGGGAUUUGGCAAAAUCAGACACAUCUUCCCAGCCGGAGAACCAAUCUGUUUCGAAGUAAUUGAAAACGAAGGCACGGUACUGGAUGGAACAAUAUCCCUCUAUAAGAAAGAUGGGGCUUCCUACAGUCUGAUAAAGGAGACGAUCUUUGAAAAUUUGCAGUUUAACUGGACUCUCACGGAGCGUGGAUCCUACAGAGUACUGCUUCACGUCAGUAAUGUUUUGAGCAAUUUUACGGUAAGCACUGUAUUCGCUGUCACCUCACCCGUCAUUGGCAUGGAGCUGGAAUCCCCCGUCGAGCAUCUACGCCCCCGGCAACAGGCCUGGAUCAGCCUGCACUUU